AUGACAGCAGUGGCCGCCCUUGUAAAACCUUAUUUAAAGAAACUAGUCCUUCAGACCCACCCCGAUUUUUUCCACGGCGAUCCACUCAAGGGCAAACGUAAUGCCGCCUCGUUGCAACAGCUGUACACAAUCUUGAAUCCGCUUUUAAAGAACGAACAGCGCGAAAAGAAGUUAAAGAAGGAACAGAGUGUACAACUCGAGUUUUAUGGCAAAAAGGCGCGCAAGACACGUAUUGUGAGCACUUUUGAAAGUUCAACAAACAACAACGAAUGGCAAACGGCAGCUUCGUUGCUUGGAUUAUGCAAACAGCUCGAUAUUGAUGUGGCGACUUCGGAUAUGCAGGCGGUACAAGAUAUGACACAGAAACAAGCGGCAGCAAACGAAGCAACAGCGAUGCAUAAAAAAAGAGGUGGUUUGAGAGAAGAGUUUGCACGUGCCCUGCAUAAACAGCACACAAUGGCAGGAACAGCAGCAGCAGCAGCAAGGAGGUUACCAUGGUCACCAAACCUUAUUCUGGGAAACAGGCUGUUGACGUUCGGGCCUCGCGUGGACAAGCACGCGGUUGCCCAGCAAUGGACUGGUUGCAUGGCAAAGCUUGAGCCAGAACGGUGGUGGGGGAUAUUGCCGGUGCUGGUGGUGGCCACUCAGGAGGAUGGUCAGAGACUGGCACACUCUGAGCGGGGGCGGGGCAUUCUGAUUUUUUCUUCGGAUAUGGGAUGCAGCGACUUUAUCACUGGUCUAGAAAUGAAGGCCUAUCUUGAAGCUAAUCUCGAAACCAAGCGAAACGAACGGAUAUCCAUGAGCAACCAUGGCAAUAGCAAUAGCAACAGGCGAUGAACAGUGUCGUCAAAAUAUGUACAAAGCACACAAGGAAGGGCCUUAAUGUGGCACAGUGACACGAGCAAAUUGGAUGAAAAAGAGCCAAACAGCAAAAUAUGGACAAAACUGGCUUCGUGUUACGCUUAAAUAUAGAUAUCAAGUAGACCCCGCUUGGGUUCACACUAUUUAUCGCCCCGGGGACAGGUGCUAUUACCCGCUGGUUCUCGAACCCGUCUUUUCGGGGUGUUCCCAAAAUAAUGGAUGACGACAAGACGACGAUGACGACGAAGACGCUGAUGGCAAGAAAGACAGGGAUAGAGAGAGAGAGAGAGAGGAAGAGAGAGACGUAGGAUACGUGGCAUAGAGACAGAAUAAAUUGUAUAUAAAGA